AACUGCUGGCCCAGAUGACUGGACUGGUUCCUGAGGAGAAGAUUCAGGAUCUGAAAGGUGGAGAACCAGAUCUGCAGAGCCGGACGACCAGUAGCACAGCAGACCCUAGUGUUGGGUUGGGUAACGAGGAGCUGUGGAGCGGUUUUGGACCGGUUUGGACCUGUUGGAGACGUGGGAUGAAGCAAAGCAGCUCACAGGAGGACCCCUGAUCCCGACCCGGUGGGACCGAGGCCGGUUCUGGGAUGUUGGACCCCAGCUGAUCUCAGGUCAGUAGCCCCACCCCCUCCAAUCCGCCAUUGGCCGAAGGAGCAGACCCAGCCUCAGAUUGGUUGUAGCUGAGGAGGGAGGAGCCAGUGGCUGAUUGAUCAGGAUCAGGACGAGAAGGCGGAGCUUAGCCAGUAAAUCCACGAUGAGCCGGCUCUGCUGCAGACAACAAGUGUUCAGAGAGGAAGAGGAGGACGAAGAGGACGAAGACCAGGUUACUGAGUGCCACAGAGAGGAAGGAGGAAACAGGUUACCACGGCAACCAGGGGGACGUCACGGCAGCGGCAGGACAGAGGACACUCAGGUUCCAGGACGUGUGAGCUGAUGGGGGAUGGAUCUGGUGUUCAGACUGACCAGAGAGCUCAGCCUUCUACGGGACCCCAGCAGUCCUCUGCGUAUUUAAGCAAAAGGAAAGACCCCGGUGUUAAAGAGGCAACCAUGUCUCAGCCAAGUAAAGUGCUCCACCUGUAUGUGGAGGUCCGCUCGGUUUCUGAGGGGGAGGAGGAGUUUCUGGGUACAGGCGAUGAUGGCGCCAACCAGUUGAUGCUACAGUGUCCAGAUAUCGUCUCUCAUUCUCAGAGGAGCUCCAGCCGGUCCAGUUCCAACCGGAGUCCAUCCCCAGUGACGCCUUACUGCUCAGCGGGUGGGAACCACAGCCUGGCCUCCUCCCAGUCAUCUUCCAGGCAUUCAGUCAGCUGCCAACAUCCAUCUCCUGCCCAGUUCCAUCAUCAGGAUGCUUUCAAUGAAAGUUUUGGCCACUUGCUUGAGAUUCUGACCCCCAACAAAGCCAUUGUAAACCAUUAUGGCUCCCCUGGAUGCACACCUGACUUGGAUCCCUGCUAUGGGAAGGUGGCCAACCCCCAGUCAUCCUCACCCCCCCGCUGGCUUAGCAUCCCCUCCACCUACAGCACCAGUCCGAGGUCCCGCCAUGCCCCAGCAAUGCUAGAUGAAAACGGACAGACAUCUUUGGUGUCCUAUGGGUACAUAGAGAAUGGCAGCGUGAACAGCAUAUCUGGACACGGUACCGUCUGGCACCAGCACGAUGCUGACCAUUAUCUGAGGAGAACGGAGGAUCAGCAGAAGAGGAUGAGUGAUCCAGUGUGGUACAGCGAUCAGACAUCAGGCGACAGGCUGCAGCAUAAGAGAGACUCCUCUCCCUCCUUAUCGAAGGCCGCCAUGGAGGCGGUGGACAGAGACGCCACCCAUAGGGCCUUAGAGGAGUUUGGGUCUCCAGAACUGAGGCGAAGGUUUGCAGGUCAUAGAUCAGAGAACAACAGUCCAUCUCAGGCUCCACGCUGCCGCUCUUUGGGUGGCUCCCCUGUCCAGUCCCGUAGUACUCGGACCCUACCAUCCAGAAGAGAUCUCCUAGAGAUGGAUAGGAGACUCUGCCAUGGGUCACUGAACCGAUUACCCAGAAGUCCUGCGUCUGAUCGCCUGUCUGCUCAAACUGGCGACUCAUUCUACUCAUCAGCUCGACCCCGUGGUCCUCUUCAAAGUCCACAGAGGCCCUGGGUGCAGGGCGAAGGUCAUAGGUUCAACGCAUUCCAGGCUCCUCUGCCUGCAGGGAGACCUACAGACAUUCAGCAUGAGAUCCCGAGAAGCAGUUUUCCUGCAGGGACUGAGCACCAUGCUAGGAACUCCUACCAUGGCAUCAGUAACAGAUGUCAUGAUAAAACCACCAACUCCGGUCAUUGCCCAUGGGAAGCUGGGAGCUGCAGUGAUCAGUCAGACAGUAAGAGCUCCCAUCCGCCCCGCUGCAGUAGCAGAACAAGUGAUGCCAACAGUCCCAUCAGUGACAGGAGGAGCAUCUCCCCAUACUCUAUCACCGAACUAGAUUAUAAGGCACUUGGAGAGUCUAACCGAACCUCCGCUGACAGGUGGAACAAAUGGACCCCCUCGCCAACACCCUCUGAGGCGGACUCACUGAUAGCCGAGAGUCCCAGAUAUUCAGGACCGCCCCUGAAAGAAUCUCACCUCCGGCAUCCCGAGCCGAAGCUGACGGAGAACCAGAACCACAGCAGAAGAACAGAAACGCUGGCACCUCAAACCAAACCAGGACGCAUUUCUCCCAUGAUGUCCAAAAAAGCACCUCCUCCACCAGCUUCUCCUGCCAUUCCCAGUCAGUUGGACCGAAAAUCUGCCUCUGGGUCACCAGUGUUGGACCCCCAACUGAGACGGACACCAUCACCAUCUAAAGACGUUUCCAGUCUGCAUCCCUACCAACCGACUCGGUCCUCUGGAAACCCCGGACCAUCCGCCAUGGACCAGAGGCAGUAUUACCACCUGUUUGAUGGGCCACCGAUUGUGAGCCCUGUGAUUACCAAGAGAAGUGUGUCCAGUCAACAUUCAGAGGUUCCACUGGUUAGCUGGACUGCCAGGGAACAGAAGCAGUCUGGACCUCUUGUGGACAGAGCUGAUACUGUCAGUAAGGCGUCUUCUAGAAGUUCUGCUCUCAGCGGCGAUCCGUGCCGUAGAAAGGACACACGAGGAGUCCAGAAACAGCUGGCCCAGGAGUGCCAGUUGCUGGUUUUGGGAAUGCCUAAGAGCCAGAAAGAGGCUCAGGAUCCCAGUGGAGCAACUGGGAUGUCCUCUUCAAGCUCCAGUGGGGUGACAGGAAGCCUGUCCCCUGAGACCUCCAGUCAGUCCAGUCACGGUACCGCGGAUGGCGGCUCAGGGAUACAGCUGGACGGCGGCUCUCCAUCCGGCCCAUCUUCUCACUCUCAGAAGAUCGCCAGAGCAAAGUGGGAGUUCCUGUUCGGAGGCCCGACGGACCACAGUGAUCGCAGCAAAGACACUUCGUCCUCGACCCCUCCCACCAGCUGCUCACCCAGCCCCUCCCCUACCUCCCCCCUCCCCCUGCAGCCAUCCAAUCAGAGGAGGUGUUGGGAACUGCGGGAUCAAAAGCUCUCGCAUCACGAGGUCCAGCAGGUUGAGGUGGAGCUGGUCACCCCCCACCCCCAAGAACCCGCCCCCAAGACCGGCAUCAUCCGACGGUCCAUCAAAUACUCUGAGACAGAUCUGGACGCCGUGCCGCUGCGCUGCUACAGGGAGACGGACCUGGACGAGGUGAUGCGAGCGGAGGCUGAGGCCGCCGAGGAGGCCGACUCUGCUUUCAGCAGUAACCGCUGCCUUCUAGGAAAGUCCUGCUUCAGCCCUGAGGACGUCUGCCACCAGUCCAACACAGGUGGGCGGAGAGAGCAGAAUGGACAGGAAGAAGAAGAAGACGAGGAUGAAGAUGAUGAGGAGGAGGAGGAAGGAGUAGUGAGCUGGGCCAGCGUCAGGAUGCAGGGUGACCGGCAGAGACAGAGAGUGACUCAGGAAGAAGAGGAGGUGUUCAGUCUGCUGCUGAAACGGACUUUGGAGCCAUCGUCUGAUGCCCAUGGAGGCCUGAAGACUCCGAUCUCGGUCGACAGUCCCCGCCGGCCGUCUGAAAGCAACUUGGACUCCUUCAGUCGCCACUUUGAGAGCAUCAUGGAGUCCCACCGAGCCAAAGGGACGUCCUACAGCAGUCUGGACAGUGUGGACCUGCUGACUUCUGGGUCCACCUCUGUGUUCACCUUUGACCUGCCGACCCUCACCCCAGAGAUCCAGAGUCAGAUCUGUGAGAGCGCCAAACAGAUUCUGGAGCUGAGUUUUGCCCCACUGGCCCGAACAGACUCUUUGGCCUGUUCUGAGACGUCACGUUCUGAGACGGCCCUCAGCGCCUCAGGAGAUGGGCUCCAUGGAAGAUCCAAGGACGACUCGGGACCCCCGGUCCGGUCCCGGUCUCAGAAGGAGUCAUGGCGGUGCUCCAUCGUGAAAGAGGGUUUCAGAAAAGCGAGCUCAGUGCCGGCGCUGCAUAGCAGGGAGCGUCCUGGGAACCGUCCCCCCGAGCUGCUGUACCCCCAGGCCGACGUGGCGGAGCGCCUGGCGCUGGGCGGAAGCGACGAGGUCCUGACCAAUGGCUUGAAGCCGGACCUGCUGGCAGCCAAACGUCUGGCCAAGCGGCUCUACAACCUGGAUGGCUUCAGGAAGUCCGAUGUGGCGCGACACCUCAGCAAGAAUAACGACUUCAGCCAGUUGGUGGCGCAGGAAUAUCUCAGUCACUUUAACUUCAGUGGUAUGAACAUCGAGCAGGCAUUAAGGAAGUUUCUGACCCACUUCGCUCUGAUGGGAGAAACCCAGGAGAGAGAGAGAGUCCUCGCUCAUUUCUCCAGGAGGUACAGGCAGUGCAACCCUGAGAGCCCGUCCACUGAAGACAGCGUCCACACCCUGACCUGUGCCGUCAUGCUGCUGAACACAGACCUUCAUGGGAACAACGUGGGGAAGAGGAUGUCCUGCAGUCAGUUCAUCUCCAACCUGGAGGGACUCAACGACGGGAAAGACUUCCCCAAAGAUCUGCUGAAGACUCUGUACAGCUCCAUCAAGAACGAGAAGCUGCAGUGGACCAUUGAUGAAGAGGAGCUGAGGAAGUCCAUGUCUGAGCUGGCAGAUGUCCGAACAGACUCCGCCUCCCACACCAUGAAGCGGAUCGGGAGUGGUGGAAACCCUCUGGUGGGCGUGGCCCAUCAGGCGGACGGAGAGCUUUAUAAGAGCGGCUUCCUGGUCCGGAAGGUCCACGCUGAUCCGGACGGAAAGAGAACUCCGAGGGGGAAGAGGAGCUGGAAGACCUUCUACGCCAUGCUGAAGGGCCUGGUUCUCUACCUGCAGAAGGACGAGUACCGGACGGAGCAGGAGCUGACGGAGGAGGACGUGAAGAACGCAGUGUCCGUCCAUCACUCUCUGGCCAUGAGGGCGGCCGACUACAGCAAGAGACCCAACGUCUUCUACCUGAGGACGGCCGACUGGAGGGUCUUCCUGUUCCAGGCCCCGAACCCUGAGCAGAUGCAGUCCUGGAUCACCAGGAUCAACGUGGUGGCGGCCAUGUUCUCCGCUCCUCCGUUUCCGGCAGCGAUCGGCUCCCAGAAACGCUUCAGCCGUCCUCUGCUGCCGGGGUCCAACACCAAACUGUCUCAGGAGGAGCAGCUCAAAUCCCACGAGAGUCGCUACAGGGCGGCGCACUCGGAGCUGACCGAGCUGCUGGCCGCCACGCCAGACAGGAAGGUCAAAGGUCGCGAACUGGAGGAGCAGAAGCUGCGUAAGGAGUACCUGGAGUUUGAGAAAACACGGUACGGGACGUACGCCAUGCUGCUGCGGGCCAAGAUGGCCAAAGGAGACGACGACCUGGCCGCAUUCGAGGCGCGGCUGUACAGCGACGGCGGCCUGGAGAGGGCGCACUCCAGCCCCACGCUGCCUCAGGACGCCGCCAGCAAGGAGAAGGCCCGCAGCGGCAAGACCUCCAAGAGCCUCAAGGUCACAUCCUCCUCUUCAUCUGUGAUGAAGAGCGGCGUCAAGGAGGGAGGGGGGGGUAAGAGCGCAGGCGGGAACAGCCAGAAGGCGGAGCUUCAGAAGCAGAGCAGCAAACAGGAAGAGGCGGCGUAACGUUCGAACGCCAUCAGAAGAAACGCUGAGACACUUUCCCUCCAGACGAGACGUUUAAGGUCAUCGGGAAAACAGACGCUCGUCCAGGAAACGCUUUCAGCCGCUAGAUUUCACAAUAAAAGCUUGAUUUCCUGUCGGUGGUUCCAGGGCAGCGUAUGAAGAAGUUUUAUUGUGGAAAACUGAGAGCGGAACGUUCAGGGUCACCAAUGCACCAUAGGAAUUUAGAUUUUCAUCGUCCUGUCCUGAUUCCUGCAGCAGACAGAAUGUGAGACACAAACAAAUGGAACCGAACAAUCAGAAUCCGACUCUCUGCUUCACUUCGUUUGUUUUGACUUUGAGUUCUCCUGGAAACAAACAGGAAGUACGGAAGCC